GACCCGGAAAUUACGUCAACCGCGUCUGCCUCGCUUUUAAUUUAAAACCGGAACAAACAGAAGAAACCAAAGCAAAAGGCAGCAGCUGUUAUUAAACAGUAAACACACCGGGACGCCGCUCAAACUGCAGUAUUUCAGGGACACUGACGAGCGGACUUCAGCCCUUCUUCACCGCUGCUUGGAAAAAAACAAACAAAAGGGAGCUAAACAUGUUAGCACAACAUUAGCCAAACAAUUUUUAUUUUUAUUUUUUUUUAAGUUGUGUGUAUUUUUGUUGUGAAAAGCUGUGAGGUUUUUAUCUGAAUUGUUCCGAGUUGUAAUGAAGAGCUCUUAUUCCGCUGCGUCAACCCCGAGGAGGAGGUGGUGGAGGUGCAGCGGGGCGGCCGGGCUGCUGUAUCCGCUGCUCGGUGCGUGUCUCUGGGCUGCGGUGGUCGGUUACAAGCCGGUGAUCAUAGUGCACGGUCUGUUCGACAGCUCAGGGGAUUUUAAGAACCUGCAGCGGUUCAUUAACGAGUCUCAUCCUGGAACAAAUGUGACGGUCAUCGACCUGUUCGACAGAAGCGCUAGCCUGCAGCCCAUGUGGAAGCAGGUGGAAGGAUUCAAGGCAGCUAUCUACCCAAUAAUGCAAAACGCAGCAGACGGCGUCCACUUCAUCUGCUACUCUCAAGGUGGGCUGGUAUGCAGAGGAAUCCUCUCGACUCUCUCUGACCACAACGUCCAGUCUUUCAUCUCCCUGUCGUCACCUCAGGCCGGCCAAUACGGAGACACAGACUACCUGAGGUACCUCUUCCCUCAGUUUGUCAAGUCCAACCUCUACCACCUCUGCUACACGUCAAUAGGACAGAGGAUUUCCAUCUGCAACUACUGGAAUGACCCUCACCACAGAGACCUGUACGUGAACAGCAGUGAUUAUUUGGCUUUGCUCAACAGUGAGCGAUCCAAUCCAAAUUCAACAGAGUGGAAGAAGAAUUUCCUGAAAAUCAAGAAGUUGGUGUUGAUUGGAGGACCAGACGAUGGAGUCAUCACUCCCUGGCAGUCGAGUCAGUUUGGAUUUUACGAUGACAACGAGACCGUUGUUGAGAUGCAGCACCAAAACAUAUAUUUGAGGGAUGUCUUCGGCCUGAAGACGCUGGCGGCUCGUGGAGAUCUGAUCAUCUGUUCUGUUCCCGGCGUCGAACACGUAUUUUGGCACUCGAACGAGACGGUGUUCCACCUGUGCAUGGAGAAGUGGCUGGUGUAGGAAAAAAAAAUCUUUACAGCACACACACACACACACAGAUACACACCCUGCAGUUUUAUAAGCUCUGAGCUUCCACCAUGUAUGAAAGUCUGCCUCUACAACCUCUGUAAAGUAUCCUUGCAAACACUUGUGAGCCUACUCUUAAGGAUCUAAUCUCAUUUUUUAGGUUAAGUUCUUAACAAAUAACUUGGUAAUCAGAUAGCGAUGGUUUUUCCUUUGUAUUUCUGUGGAUAUUUUUUUUAUGUUCAUUGUAGUAACUACUAGGUUACUUUGAAGGGAAUACUUUGAUAUUUAAUUCAGAUGAGAAGAUUAGCUGGUUAGCUUAACUUAGCAUAAAAGCAGGGGAAAACAGCUAGCUUGGCUCUGUCCAAAGGUAACAAAAUCCAUCUACCAGCACCUCUAAAGUUUAGUCACUGACCCAGUUAAAGUUUGUUUGUCCAAACUGGGCAAAAACUAAAGUGUAACAACAACAAUUUAUGGUUUUUAUAGGAGAUUAUGUACAUUUCCUGUUAAGAGCAGUUACGUCCUGGAAUCUUGCUGUCACUGUGAGGUUGCCAGGCAACCAGUGGAGGCUCCAGGAAGUGAUUGCUCCCAACCAAGAAAUAAAACACCAUAAAAACUGCAAAUUGCCCUUUUUACACUCCAAUUUUUGUGUUAAUUUGUCAGCUUUAGUGGCUCUGGUAGGCAACUUCCAAGCGCGCUGUCUCCAGUCACGGUGCUAAGCUAAACUAAGCCAAUGUAACAGUUUAUAUUCAUCUUAAAGAAAGGGUAUUGCAUGUUCCUUUAAUGAUUUCUUUUAGACCAUGUUGUUGUUGCUGUCAGACAAAUCCAGCACUUCAAAAAAUAAGUACAAGACAAAAACUGUGUUUCCAUAAACUUGUCAAAGGUUGAACUGAUGUUAUGUUAAUAUAGUCUGCAACGGUGAUGCAAAUCAGACCUUAAAGGAGCACUCCAACAAUUUAAUGUUGCUUGAUGGAAGUAAAUGGGGCAUGUGAAACAGAGACUCAAUAGAGCAGAGGCUGAGAGGCUGAAAUAUCCUGACUUUCAUUCUCAAGUUUAGCCCACAAAAUGCUGCAACUUCUAUUAAAAACAAAAGAUGAUGUCUUCUGUUAAAACCCUUUCUCCCUGGUAUUCGUCCAUAUCUUUCAAAUUCCUCAACCUUACCCUGUAGCACAGGCUUUUUUUUAACUCCACUGACACCUGAUAUUAAAAUGUGAUCUUAAUUCAGACACGCUGUUAAGAUAAAGAGAAAAGCAUUUUAGCACAAUGUGCAAAUGCAUCGUGAGCAGAAUGCAAUCAGAUCUACCUGACCACAUCCGGAGUUAGUUUCACUUUGUGUUUGGGUCUCAAGUUGGUGUAAACACAAUAAGUUAUUGUUCAAAUUUUGGGAGCGAGAAAGCUGAAAGUAACAUGACUUUAGUGACUGAUUAAACAUCUAUUCUGUGGCAUAGAAGUGCCAAAAGUUAUGUUAUUUAACAAAACUUUGUGAAAAAUGAAAGCGAUGUGGCUUAAGAAUUGAUAAUAUAUCUAAAGAAAAAAAUCAUUUGUGCAGCUGAUCUGCUUUAACAAUUCGUAGAUUUUAGCUAGUUACAGAGAAGCCUACAUGCCAGUUCUGCUACAAACCUGGCAGACCUGACAGAAUAUCUUUAUAUGAAGAAAAGAAUAAUCUAAUGUUUAACAUAUGCAGAAUUUAAAAGAGGGAUCAAAUAAAUAAGAAUUUGUUGCAGACAUUGUUUUACAAGGUUUAUAAUGUUUUCUGUAACUCGACAACCAACAAAACUCAGAUUUUUUUUAAAGGAAUCUGGGGCUGUUUUGCUGCCACCUCAUAUUUCUCACUGACAGAGAUCAGAUCUCAAUGAGUAUAGCAAGAAUGCAUUUGAAAUACCAGCCGUAAGCACAUAGGCAAGAUCAGAUUGUUGUGUUGUUUUUUUUUCCGGGGAACUUUACCCAAUACAGGAGCCUUUUUUAAACCAUUUGUAAACGGGGUGUUCAUCAAAAAGUAUCUGUUCCAAGCUGUUUUUCGCAGCCUGACCAGCUCAUGAUUUCUCUUCUUGUCUAAAUAUUGUUGGAAUGCUCCUUUAACUUUCUAUAAGAGUUUUAGUUUCUCACUUUGAUAUACCAAUCCCGCACACACAGUAUUUAUCCAUGUGUGUGUCUGUGUGUGUUUUAGACACACAUACCUCAGAACACCAUACAACGCAACAGUGCCUGAGUGACGUUUGGUCAUCUUGUCUACAUGUACAAAACCACUGCCCUGCUCAUCUUACAGUGCAGUCAUUUAUAUCUUUCUGUCUCUCCAUGUUUUGACCCCUGGAGGACUCGUGUUUUCCUGUUCUGUUUUUCUGUCUUUUUAGUGUGCACAUCUGUUUGUGAAGAUCAUGUUUAUUGUACUUAUCAUGCAGUGCUUUGAAGCUUUAUUAGAUUGAGCCUUAAACUUUCCCCCUCAUUGCCUCAGUGUUUCAUGUCUCAUACCGAAGUGCUAUGGUACACUGCCUUUAGUGACGGUGCUAAAAUGAAUGGAGAGGGGUGGAGACUGAUGUAGAGAAGCCAGAGAGUGGCAGUGCUAUAUUAGUGUUUACUUUUCCACCAGACUAUAGUACAGUACAUGGCAGUCUUUACCUCCCAUUACAUUUAGAUAUCUCAGGCGUUUUAGCUACCUUCCUGUUCGUCUGUCUCUGUCGACAAAAGGGAUUUCGAACUGUUUGCAUUUUGUUGAAUGUUCAUGGUUGCAUGCUGUCCUUUCUCAAAAGAAGACAAAUGGAAAUAUCUACUGUAACGAUACAAAACAAGAAGUGAAUUACUAUUUUAAUGCGUAAAGUACGCAUUGCACAACCAGAGAAAGAGGAGGGAAAUGAUGAAGAUUGGAUGAUUGUAAAUGUUUUGGAGUUUUAAACUUCCAGUGUUAUUUCAAUAUUGUCGCAUCCUUUGUUUUAAUGUUUGCUUGUGCAAAUUUAUUGACCUAACUGCUUAAGAUAGGGAUUUUAUUAAGGGAUGUCCUCUAUGUCGAGUCUUCUCCCUGUGGAUAUGGACAAUUUUUUAAAAGUUAAAACAGAAACUACUAUUUUGACACUGGUCCUACAAUUUCUACAGUAUUUGGUCUGCCAAUGGAAAUGUGUCAAAUGUUGUCUAUUCCUCAAUAAAUAACAGUUUUGAGCAUCUA